CUUCGUGUAGUGGUGGAAGGAGGAGGAUAGUUUGUGGAAGUGGCCCGGUAUCUUCUCUCUCUCUCUUUUCUCUUUCUCUUUCUCUGUGACUCUCCGAACCAGACUCUCUUGAGCCUCUACUACGCCCGCAGAGACCUCGAGGCACAUCCCGCCCACCGCCCCUGAACAGCAGUGCCCCGACACCAUCAUAUCCUCUCAAGGGGCUGCUGCCCUUCUCCUCCCGCUGCUGCUGCUGCUGCUGCUGCUGCUAUAGGAUUUGGUGGGCGUCCUUUGGUGUCGACGAAGCGGCCCAGCACAGACGACGACGACGACUUCGAGGAAGACGACGAAGGCGACGUCCUUUUGGCAUCCCCGAGGAAUAGAAGUGGAUGGUGAGUGGAUGUCCCAGCAGCCCCUGCGGGAGGGUGGACGCCGGGCCUCCCGAAAGUGGUCUCGCUUCUGCUGAAGCCUCGCGGAACCAUCUCCCUUUGACCCUCGGGUUUCAGGGGAAGCUGUGGAGAUAGCCUGUGGCCCGGCGAUACCGGGUGAUUUGUCGGCGAUGUGAAGAUGAAGGCCGGCCCCUCCCCGGCCGGGGACCCUCACCCCUCACACACGCCGGACCAGGCCACCCAACCCAGGGCUGAUCCAGGGGCAAAUGCGCCGCCCUCGAACGCCACCGUGACUGACACUACCUCCACUGGCGGUAGUGCCAGUGAAGGUGGUGGGCGAUGGGCGGCAGCUGUUCUUCUCCUCACCCAUGUUGUAGAAGUGGCCGCCAUGGUGACUGUAAUCCUCUCGUUUGCCUUUCCUACAACUGGGAGCGAGACUUCGACGACAUCUGACGACGACGACGAUGGCAGUGCUAUCAACCUCUGGAAGAGCCCCGAGCUGGCUCUGCAGAUAGCAUUCACGACAGCGCCUCUAGUUUUGAUCACAGCCAUUUCCUUAGUCUGGGCGGUUCGGGCCCAAGACUUCUCAGGCAGAGCAACGGCUCGAAUGCUAUGCUGGCUGCUGCACAUCCUCCAGGCAUCAAUACUAUGGAGAUUUCUCAAAGUCCAUCUAGCUUUUGAUUCUAGUGAUGUUGCAGAGCUAGGAACAUUGCGGUUUGUUCAGGUUCAUGUUCACACUUUGCCUUUCCUGGUUAUGCACAUGGCCAUCAUUCUAGGCGAACCUGUAGCCCCUGGGGUCAUACUUGUUUUGGCUGCAACAGUAUUGGUAGUUUCCGCAGUGGUGGCAGUUGUUGUGGCCACAACAGCUAGUCAUAGUUCUCGACCAUCAUCACUGACUCCCCCGACAAUCACGCAGGUGGCCCAUAACCCCAUUCAUGGUCGGCAGCAAGGAUCAGAGCACACUCACAACCAUGAUUAUGCUGCUCGAGUCGUAGUGGCUGUCACUACGGCUUGUGUUAUAUGGAGUAGAGCAGUAGCUGUUGCAGCUUUGUUUUGUUUAACUGUCACAUGGACUAGUGUUCUGGUAGCUAUUCACUGGUUUGCAGCCCUUGCUUGGCUCUGUCUGCAGGAUGAGCUAGAACCCACUACCCUUGGACCAGUGCGUAAACUGUUACGAAGGGUGUUUCUAGCUUAUCUCUUGCUCUGGGACUGGCAUGUUUUCCGUGAUGAUGCUUCAGCUAUGACAGUGUGUGCACGACCUCGUCUCCCUGCUGCAUAUUAUUCAAUCACAGCAAUUCAAAAUGUGGCAGUCACUGCUACCUGGUACACUGCGAGUAAAGUUGCUUUACCAGUAGUUAGAACUGCAAUUCUCUCAUCAGUGUUAGCUGCCCAGGCUGUGGCAUUGCUGCUCUUGGCACUUUCCUACCUCUAUUGCUCCUCGCUCUUACCCUCCUGGCCUCGUAAUAAGGCCUGUGCCUUUGCCAGGACGGCCUCACUAGUCACCCCCAAUGCCAAGUCAGCAUCUGCCAAUGGCCCUAAUGACAUCACUGAACAUGAUAAUUCUUCGUACGUUGACUUCAAGGACGCAGAGGAUGGUGUGGUACCUGAUGCUAGUAAAGACAAUGUACAUGUGGAGGAUGGUAAAGAUCCAGUUGCAACUCCAUUAAAGAACCUCCCACCGAUGGCCCAUUCUACGCCUCGUUCACCCUUACCUUUGGCACCGCGAUUGAUGGCAGCACACUUACCACCAACCAUGUUUAGUUUUUCACAUGACAUCCUCCCUCCUCGACUCACAAAAUCAGAGCGUUCCUCUACAGACAAUGGUUCUUUCAACUCUAGAAAUACUAACACUUUACCAACUCAGCUUCCUCCAGAAUAUGAUUUGCUGCACAGAGCUCAUGGCUCAUUCUCAGACAGUUUCAGCUCACUUUCUUGUGGUACUAUUAAUCGUGCAACAGCUAAUGCUAGGGCACUAUCAGUGCAUGAUCCUAGAAAUCAACGCACACCACCCCCAACCAGUAAACCAUCGUUUGCAUCACACUCAUCCUGCAGAAAUGGUUAUUGCCACUGUAAAAUGUUUGAUGGCAUUGAAGGCCCGUGCGACGUUGAAGAAGAGGAUGAAGAGGAAGAGAAAGCAAUAGAUGAAAAACCAGGACGCACUGAAAUAAGUUGCAUUGAAAAAAUAAAAAAUGGUCACAUCAUAAGAAUUGGUAAUCACUCCUUGAAAUCGAGAGCUGUAACAAGUAAUGCUGAAGUUCUUCAUGGUCCCUCCGAUGAAGAUAAGACUGUAUGUGAGUCAGCGCCUCAAGUUGCCGUUGUGCGAGGUAUUCAGAGAUUCCGGGUUGUAUGUGCUGCUUGCUUUCAUGCACACGAUCCCCUUCUCACUCGCUGUCAUGUUCAUACACCUUUAACGGAAACGCCAAUCAGUUCCAGGUGCCAAACAGCACCUCUUUCACGCUGCCAUACUGCAGGUGCGCUCAGUCAGUCUUGUGGUGGACUUGGUGGGGGGUCAAGUACUGACUAUCCAUCAGACACAGAAGUAACAGCAACAGCUGAUACUUUAAGUUCAGCAUCGGCAGAUUCACAUUCGACGUACACCACGUGGCCCGUGGGCCGUGGCCCUGGUAUGGCCCGCCUUCUGCAGUUACACCCAGGUUCUCAUGACUAUGUCACUGCUUGGUUGCGGCACCAGCAGGCUCGGGGCCCCAGAGUGCCGCCACCUCCACCACAUCAGGCGCCAAACGACUCUUCAAAUUCGGCCAUCCCUGACGCACCCGUUCGUCGUCAGCGUCGACCCCGCCGCCACCUGCCACGCCCUCUGCGACACAAGGAUCCUCCACCACCUCAUUUAUUGCAGGACCUAGAGACGGUUGUAUGACUAAAAAAAACAAUAACUGAAUGGUAAUGGAAGAAAAAUUGUAAAUGUGUGAUGUACUAGUAUUUUUUUUUUUUUACAAGUAACUGGUGCCUGUGUGUAUAUUACGAAGUGUUGGGCAUCCUAUAAUGUGCAGCUACCUAGAGGAAAAUAAACAUUGAAGCAGACUGAGUAAAAUAUAAUGUAAUGGGUGGCAGGAGUGUAACCGUGUGUGCGCAGGUGUAAAAAAAUUAGUGGUACAUUACAGUACAGUCUCAGGGCGCGGACGGGUGGGAACCCAGUGAGGUUCCUCUGCUCAGCGGGCCCGGGCAGCCCAAAAGGAAAUUCGAAGAUGAGGAACUUCCCGCCCACCACCCUCAUUACCUCGGGUGGUGGGUGGGACUACCUGGGGCUCCCCGGGCCCUAUUGUCUAUUGUAAGUCAUGUAAAUACGCCCUUGGCUGGCACUUUUGGCCUUGCCAUGAAUGACACAGAUUGUAUGCUAAGUACUUUAUAACACUUUUAUAUUCUAUUUUAAGAUAAAGAUACUUUUGGA